AUGAUAAUGGUACUCCCCUCGUUUAGCUCCUUCUGGCGUCGUUUGAUCCACCGUUUUUUCCUUGUCCAACCAGAUUCCCCACAACAUUCUCCUUCUCCGUUCGACGACCUCCCGGACGACGCCAUUCGCCGGAUAUUCAGCAACCUAUGCACCGGCGACCGGGUUCGCCUGAGGCUUGUCUGCAGGUCGUGGAGGGACACUCUCACCCGGUCCGAGUUCCGUACCCUUCCCGAGCCCCCGUGGCUCAUCCGGCCCGAGCCCGAGCCCAUCUCCACCUACUUCGAACUCAUGUGCCCGUACGAGGACAGAGUGUACAGCUGUGAUCUGCCCUGCCACCUCCUCUCCGGUGACCGCUUGUGGUCCUGCCGCGGCUCUGGCGCUGGGUGGCUCCUCCUUGCCUGCUGGGACCCAGCCGAGAUGGUCCUGUGGGACCCGCUUUCCGGCACCACCCUGGCCCUCCCCUCCCCUUCCACCCUCCCCUUCUUCGACGAGCUGGACCACGAUGUGUGCGUGAUCCGCCUCGCUCAGGUGGCGCCCGUGGGCCCCGCCGCCACCUUGGCGGUAGCCGUGGUUUUCACUUUGACCGGCCUUCGUGACAAGUUGGCGAUGUGCUUGCCGGACUGCCAGUGCUGGACCGUGCUCCCAGGCCCCACCGACGAGCACUACGCAGACAUACUCUUGCAAAACGGGAAGCUCCAGGCCGUGUGCCCACCACCGCGCGCUCCGGGAACUGGGCCCUCGGUGGCGAAAAGAACCGAUUUUGUGGCGCGGCUAAGCAGUGGCUGCCACGUGGAGGUUGUGACGUGGGAGCUCAAGUACGAGGCUGUCCUCCACCAGGCCGCCUUUGAUUACGAUGAAUAUGAAACGAUAGGGUGUAAGGUAUACGAGAGGUUCCACGUGGCAGAGCAUUUGGUUCCGGGCCGUGAUGACGAAGACGAGUUGCUGCUCGUUAGCGCGACUCUCGACAUGUUCUCGCACAAUUUUGGUUCGGGGGGCGGGGGACUGUUCGGGCCGCAGGCCUACAUGUGCCCACAGACGAGAGGAUUUGAGGUUCGUCGGCUGAGUUUGAAGGACGAUAGUUUGGAAAAGGUGGAUCGUACGGGAGAUGUUUGUAUAUUCUUGGGAGCUACUGGCUCAACUUCAAUGGAAAAGAUUGAAGUGCCUAACUACAUUCACUAUGCGACAACGGAUGGUAAGGGGAAAAUCUGGGAUGAAGUUGAAGAGGAAGAAGAAGAAGAAGAAAAUGGUGAAUCUGAUGUGGACAAAUUAUUCGUCCUCCAUGAACAUGGCACCUUCAACAUGGAAGAUGGCACGAUCGAGCGACAUUAUUUGGACAUUUCAAGCUUACAAGCACAAGGGUCGUGUAUCGGUUGGUUCAAGCCUGUAUUGCGAACCUGA